AUGUUCCAUGGUUCCAAUACAGACACAGACUAUCACCAGCUCGCACAGCAACACAUUGUCUUGCAAGCUUCCAAGCUUGUCAGCCCCGCGGUCAUGACGGGUACCAGUCUCUUCUCCCGCGCUCACAAGCCGAGAGGGUCUCCGCCCAAAAAGAUGCGCGGCUUCCUCGCCUUACCCGGUGAGAUCAGAAACCAAAUAUACGGCUACUACUUCGACUCGGAGCGUCGCUGUGAGAUCGCCAGCAAAGGAUCCAAAUUCGCGCAGCGGAAGCCACAGACUGUCAAGUUGUCAUCAAAUGUAAUCGCUACAAAGAGCACGACUCCUGCGCCUGAUCCUAAGAUAAACGCGACUCCUCCUGUCGUGAUUCGCUUCUCGAGAUCACUUGGCAAAUACAACGCUGUUCAGGGCCUGCGAACGAACUGGCCGGGGUCGCUAUGUGCGCUAAAUCUUGUUUGCAAGCAAGUCUAUGCAGAGACAGCGAAGUUGCUCUACCAAAACACAGUUUUUGUCUUCGACGCGCCAAAGCGGAUGACAAACUUCUUCAAAUAUGCCUCGUCCAUCCACUUGGGAAGCAUCACCAGGUUGCAUCUCCACUACAGCACUUAUGGAAAUCCAAACAAGACCGUGGACGUGGUUUGGCAAGAGAAGCAUCAUCAAAGUUGGCAGCGAGCUUGCGAGGCCGCCUCGAAACAGCUUACUGGCUUACGCGAACUUGAGGUCUGUGUAGAGCUUCAUCAUAACCGUCGACAGGUCAACCUGCGCGAGAAAUGGAUUACACCUCUGCUUCAGUUUCGUCGGUUAGCGUCUCCAAGGAAAGCCGCACGCCGGACCCUGAAGCCACUACCGCUUGGUCAACGACAGCCAGGUCUUGAGAUUGUCAAGGUCAAGUUCCAGCAUCUUUACAUCGAGUAUGCGUCGUUUGCUGGUCUCCAAGGACUGGACCAGGCAAAAAGGGAGCUGUAUCUGCUCUUUGGGCAGGCUAUCGGUCUCGCGAUCACAGGGGCGACAGAAGAAGCGGCUAUGUCUGGGUUCAGAGAAGCGUACGAUGGGAGGCAUGCACAGUACCGACCCUAUCUCCCGGUUUCUUGGGCGGGUUGA